AUGCCGGACGUUAACUGGGAGAACAUCACAAGUAAUUCCCCUAUGGGAAGCGAUUUUUGCGAUCUUAUCAAUUCGCAUUUCCUCACGCAAAUGGUUCACGAACCAACAAGAAUUUCCCACAACAGUCACUCUAUAUUGGAUCUGGUGUUGUGCAAUUACCCCGACGAAAUAGCUGAUAUAAGGGUAGACAACGAGUUUACUUCUGACCACUUAGCUGUUUCGUUUGAGCUGUUGACAAAAGUAAAGCGUCUUAGGAAAAUCCGUCGUACUGUUUACAAUCUUAAAAAUGCUGAUUUGCUUGGACUAAAGUCAGCGUUGACUCGUAUCCCUUGGGAUACUGCGAUUGUUGAUGAAGACGUCGAUUCAAGUAUUGCCUGUUGGUAUGGUAUGUUUACGACUUGCAUCGAUGAAUUUGUACCCAAAAUAAUUAUCAAAGAUGGUAAUAGACCUCCGUGGAUUGAUCGUGAAGUGUUGCAGUUGAUCAGAAAAAAACCCAGAAUUAGACGUAAAGCUAAAUCAAAUGACUCCCCAAUUAUAUGGGAACGAUUUCGUAAAUUGAGACAUGAAGUUAAAAAACUGCUUAAAUUUAAAAAGCGUAAUUACUUAAGUAGUCUUAGUAAUUCACUCCGGGAUAAUCCUCGUAGAUUUUGGUCGUAUCAUAAAGCAAUUACCAAGUCUAAUAAAAUCCCAGAUGUCAUUAGGCAUGGUUCAAUUGAAGCUCGUAAUUUGAUAGAUAAGGCUAACUUGUUUAACGUAUUUUUUCAUUCAGUUUUUUCAGCAUCGGAUAUUCCUAAUGCUUUACCUGUAACUAAUCUUGGUUACAAUUCUGCUGAGGAAAUAUCUAUGUUGAGAAUAAGUAUUGAUUCGGUGGAGAGGCAGCUUAAAUCCUUAAAUAUCACUAAAGCCUCGCUUGGAGUUCCCUCGAAAUUGUUGCAUGCGUGUGCGGAAGAGAUCGCGCCAUCAUUGAGUAAGCUGUUUAAUAUGUCUCUUGAGCUUGGAUCUUUUCCCGGAAAAUGGAAAGAUGCCAAUAUAGUUCCAAUCCAUAAGACCAUGUCUAAAGCGAUAGUUCCUAAUUACAGAGGUAUAUCCCUUCUUGAUGUCUUAUCUAAACUACUGGAAAGGCAGGUGUAUGAUGGUGUAUUUAAUAUUAUUUCCCCACAUUUUUCUCAAUGGCAACAUGGUUUCUUGCCUGGUAAGUCAAUUGUAUUGCAACUAUCUCAAGUAGUUCAUCAGUUUGUUAAGGCUCUUGAGAAGAGGCAACAAGUAGAUGUAAUAUAUCUCGAUUUUUCCAAGGCAUUCGACAAAGUUUCUCAUUGUAAGCUACUAUUUAAAUCGGAAUGCCUUGGUAUAAGGGGAUCUUUACUGGGUUGGUUCAGGUCCUACUUAACUAAUAGAAGGCAAAGAGUUGUUAUUAACAAUAUUUCAUCUGACUUUCUUCCUGUAACUUCUGGGGUUCCCCAGGGGUCAAUCCUAGGCCCCCUACUCUUCUUAAUCUUUAUUAACGAUAUGCCUAAUGUAAUAUCAAAGGACACGUCUUUACCACUCUUUGCCGAUGAUUCAAAGUGUUUUCGCCUAAUACUAGGUCAGAAGGAUGGGGAUGAAUUACACGAUGAUUUAAAUAAAUUAUUAACGUGGUCAUACACCUGGGGAAUGGGGUUUAAUACUAGUAAAUGUAAGGUCCUUAGAGUUGCUCGGAUUAAAUCUGUUUCUGAGAGAGACUAUCACCUUGGAGGAAUAAAGUUAGAACGAGUGGUUGUUGAAAAGGAUCUUGGUGUUUUGAUUAGACAGGAUUCGAG